UCUCCGGAGAAUAAUGAAACGGCUGAUACACCACAACCCCAGAGAGACCAAGAUGUGGACUCUCGUAGAUAUUCUACGCCUGUCGGCAACAGCAGAUCAGUCUUAUCGGGAGGUAGACCUGAGCGACUACUGUUAGGUGGCGCUUUUGAUGUCCCUCAUCCUGAUCACCUGGCGAUGUCGCUAUACAGAAGUAGCAUUAUGCAACAACACCCUAUCGACACACUCGUUCAACAGUCUGAUUUAGAUCUGCUCGAUCCGCCUGCCAGUACUUUACCUACGCGACCAUGGUCAAUGCAUGCCGAUAUGGCUAGGAGCGCCUCACGGCCAAUGUCUCAUAGCUACGCAGGUCGCAUCCAGGCUUCAUCGGCCAGUCCUCCGCCAUAUAUCUCAGAAACUACGCCGACCUCUGCUAUGAUCGAUGAUCCUGCUUCCAAUGAACAACUCUCAACAAAUGCUUUAUCUUCUCCGAGUCCACCUUACGACAUGGCUGAUUUUCCACCUGAUCACGCAUUUUUCUCGUCGUUGAUUGUCACGGAUGAAGAGUAUGAG